CUGAAACAAAGAGGUCAAAGUGAAGAAAAAAAGGGAAUGGCAAACAAAGUAUGUAACUUGACUGAUUUGGUUCAACGAGUCACGGCUUCUUGCUUGCUGCAUCCACUUGCACGUGAACAUGAACCAGAAAGUAACUCAGAAAACCAGGCUGAAGAUGAAGAAGACGAAGUUGAAUCAUAUAGCCAAGCAAAUGAAGAUGAAGAAGGGUUCACAGUUUUAGGAGAGAAUAAAAAGGAAGUAACUUUGAAGAGGAUGAUGGAGAUGGAGGCAUUAAUGGGAGAGGUCGUUGAUGCUGUGUCGGCUAUGAAGAAGGCAUAUGUUAACUUACAGGAUGCACACUGUCCUUGGGAUCCAGAGAAGAUGAGGAUGGCUGAUGUUGCAGUGGUGGCAGAGUUGAGGAGGCUUGGGAAUAUGAGGGAGAGGUUCCAGAGGAGAGUACAAAGAACUGGAAGAGGAGGACUUCUAGUGCCACCGAGGGAGGCAGUGGCGCCUUAUGAAGCAGCAGUAGAUGAGCUUAAGAGAGAAGUAAAAUCCAAGGAAGUGGAGAUAGAAAGCUUGAAGGAGAAGCUCAGAAACAUCACAACUGGUGGGAAGAAAGGGAGGUUUCAAUCUAAGAAGAAAAUCAGCAACAGUAAAGGUCAAGCUACCUCUGGACCUGCCCCUGGAUCUGAAUUGUUUCAAACAAUAAUGAGCCAGGUGAGGGAGAACUCGAAGUCCUUUGCAGCUCUCCUUCUCUCCCUCAUGCGAUCUGCUCACUGGGACAUCACUGCGGCUGUUCGAUCCAUUGAAGCUUCCACUACCACCACUACCAAUGACAAGAUCACAUUUAAAGUUGAAGCACAUCAUGCCAAGUAUGCCCUUGAGUCCUAUGUGUGCCAGAAGAUGUUCCAGGGGUUUGACCAUGAGACUUUCUACAUGGAUGGCAGUCUUUCCUCGCUUCUACAGCCUGACCAGUACCGGAAAGACUGCUUUACUCAGUUCCAAGAUAUGCAGACUAUGGACCCAGUCAAACUCCUUGGCAUUUUACCAACCUGCCACUUUGGGAAAUUCUGCUCCAUGAAGUACCUGUCCAUUGUUCACCCCAAGAUGGAAGAAUCUUUAUUUGGAAACUUGGAGCAGCGCAAUCUGAUUUUGGCUGGAAACCACCCUAGGACUCAGUUUUACAAAGAGUUCUUGGGUCUGGCAAAGGCCGUCUGGCUUCUUCACUUGCUGGCUUUUACACUUGAGACAGCACCUUGCCAUUUCCAGGCAAGCAAAGGAACUGAUUUCCAUCCACAGUUUAUGGAAAGUGUAAUCAGAUUUUCUGGUGGGCGGGUGCCGGUGGGUCAGAUUGUUGCAUUUCCUGUUAGUCCUGGGUUUAAGCUUCGCAAUGGUUCAGUUAUUAAGGCUCGGGUUUAUCUCAUGUCUUGA